AGUACUCAGUUAUUCUUAACUGCUUUGCGAAAAUUAUCUAUUUGUCUAGCUAGCUAGCUAGAUAAAGAAGCAUAUUAGAUUUGUGACUUGUGUUUGUAUAGCGAUACAUUUUAAUGUAGAUUUAAUUAACUACCAUAUACGACUUAAUUAGUGCUCGUUAUAUUCAAAUAAUCCGUGUCCACAGGGCUGCUUUCCCGAAGUGUAGCUUGCUGGCUAGGUAGCUAUUUUAUGUUGUUUAUAGUGCGAGAACGAGGGAGCAACUGAGACAUGGAAUGAAACGGUCGCAGAGUUAGCUACAGUAGCUAGCCAAUUUACUUGGUUUCUAAGUUUGGUAGCAGCAGACAUCUGCCAGGCUUUAAGAAAUUAGCAGAUUGGAUUGUUGAGGCCAGGGAUUAGAAUUUGAGACAAAUUCGACUGGAAUCAGAGUCACGUAUCGUCGCCAUGGCUUGGGCUCUGAAGUUGCCGCUCACUGAUGAGGUGAUUGAGUCAGGUCUGGUCCAGGACUUUGAUGCCAGUCUCUCUGGCAUUGGACAGGAGCUUGGAGCUGGGGCAUACAGUAUGAGCGAUGUGCUGGCCCUACCCAUCUUUAAGCAGGAGGAGUCCAACCUGCCGCCUGACAGUGAGAACAAGAUUCUUCCUUUCCAGUAUGUUCUGUGUGCAGCAACCUCACCUGCCAUCAAACUGCACGAUGAAACACUUACCUACCUCAACCAAGGACAGUCUUAUGAAAUUCGAAUGCUUGACAAUCGGAAAUUGGGGGAACUCCCAGAAAUCACUGGCAAAAUGGUGAAGAGCAUCAUCCGAGUGGUCUUCCAUGACCGGCGUCUUCAGUACACAGAGCACCAGCAACUGGAGGGCUGGCGCUGGAACAGGCCUGGAGACCGCAUCCUCGACCUGGAUAUCCCCAUGUCAGUUGGCAUGGUCGACCCCAGGGCUAACCCUACUCAGCUUAACACGGUGGAGUUCCUGUGGGACCCAUCAAAAAGAACCUCUGUUUUUAUCCAGGUUCACUGCAUCAGCACAGAGUUCACCAUGCGGAAGCAUGGGGGAGAAAAGGGCGUGCCUUUUCGCAUUCAGAUUGACACUUUCAAAGAGAAUGAUGGUGAAGAGUAUACAGAGCAUCAGCAUUCUGCCAGCUGUCAGGUCAAAGUCUUCAAGCCUAAAGGUGCAGACAGGAAGCAGAAGACGGACAGAGAGAAGAUGGAGAAGAGGGCGCCUCAGGAGAAGGAGAAAUACCAGCCAUCCUAUGAAACCACCAUCCUAACAGAGUGCUCUCCCUGGCCAGAGGUCACCUAUGUCAAUAACUCCCCAUCGCCUGGCUUCAACAGCACACACAACAGUUUUCCAGUGGCAGAGGGAAAUGGAUCCCCCGGUCACCAGCCAGAGCCAGUUGUUCAGGUGGCAGAUAUUGAAAGCUGUCUGACUGAUACGAUUUUGUCGUCCCAUCUGCUUACAAGAGACAGUGAAAGUGUCCAUCAGAACCUGUUACCUGCGGCAACACCACAGGAUGCUCAGCAGUGGCUACAUAGAAACCGCUUUUCACCGUUCUGUCGGCUCUUCACUAAUUUCUCAGGGGCAGAUCUGUUGAAGCUGACCAGGGAAGAUGUCAUUCAGAUCUGUGGGCCAGCAGAUGGUAUUAGGCUCUUCAACGCACUGAAAGGCCGAGUGGUACGUCCCAGGCUGACGGUGUAUGUGUGCCAGGAGUCCCAGCAGGCUCGGGAACAGCAGCAGAAACAUGAGAACGGAGACACAGCUAGCAGCACUUUCUUCGUGUACCAUGCCAUCUACCUGGAGGACUUGACAGCAGUUGAGCUGACAGAGAAGAUCGCUCAGCUAUUCAACAUCUCACCCAGACAGAUCAGUCAGAUCUUUAAACAGGGACCCACUGGUAUACAUGUCCUGGUCAGUGACGAGAUGAUUCAAAACUUCCAGGAUGAAGUAUGUUUUGUUUUGGACACAAUGAAAGCCGAGACGAAUGACGGCUACCACAUCAUCCUGAAAUGAAGACUGUCUGGGGGAUUGCCUAACCCCUGCUCUGUCCUUUAGACUCAACCCUGCAAGCCCCUCUACAGGCUCUGCCCCUGAUAUUCCUGGACUGUGCUGAAGAUUACCUGUUCCAUUCUCUGAGGCCCUUGCUAUGGGGAAUGUUGACUUAAGCAUCUUGCCCAUCCUUGAUACCUUAUUGUCUUAUUUUAAAGGGGUGACUGACUCUAUUUGAGCUGCCAUAUUGAAGCAACACGCUUCAGUUUCCUCCCUUGCUAGAAACCCUUUUAAAACGGUUGCAUUUUCCUCCUUCACUGCUCAUGUGUUUGAAAAAGAGAAUG